UAAUAUUUCUCUUUAUUAUUUGUGUUAUAAUCAUUUCAUUUUGUUAUAGGUUUCUAAAAGAUAAAACUUAUUGAGAGUUUAUCUUCACAUAACCCCACCACUACAUAACAUAACUACAUAAUAAUUUUCAUGAAUAUUUUAUAUUUUGGUUUUGUACAACUAGUGUUUAUCUUAUAAAGCGUUUAUCGUUUAUUUUCAGAUAACAACAAGGAAUGUAGGACAGUGAAAUGAUAAAUUUUUAAACAUAAACACGACGUUGAUUCUUGACCUUCAAAAGUGAAAUGAAUAUUAUGUUCUGAUUUGAGCUGUCGGUUGUCUAUUUUAUGCAAUAAUUAACAAUUCAAUUAUUUUCAUGAAUAGCUCAUUUUAUGUUUUUGUAUAGCUAUUGUGAAAUGAUGAGUUUAUUUACAAAACCCACAAUCUUUUGAGCGCGGGGUGAUUUCCGGUUUAGAAAAAUAAGGAGGUGUACACAACGAAAGUCUACAGAAGUAAAAGACAAAUUGCUGUUAACUUUAUACGCUCUGCUGUGUUCCUUCAUGGCUAGAUGGUAAAAGUACCCUGCUUAGCCCCGAGAAGUAUAUUUGACACUUAAAUUGAACAUCAUAAACUAAGGGUAUGUCAAUGAUUUGAUAAUACAGAGAAAUGAAGUCAAAGAAAAUAAGCGAUAGUAAUACCUUACAACCAAGUAAAACAUACAGUUUCAAAGAAAUAAAGUUUCUGUCAGCAAAUAAACUUAAAGAGUUGUGUUUGGAAUUUAAUGUUGACAAUACAUUACCAAAGAAUGCAAAAAGCAUAUGUUUCUGUGUCAUUCAUAGGAAUAUUGAUUUUGUGUAGUACUUUUAAAAUUGUAAUGAACAUUAUGUUCUGAUAUGUAGUCAAGUCUAAAAUUCAAAUAUGGAGGAGUUUUGUAGUGAUGUUAUUGAAAAGGUCUGUUUGAAUCAUGAAAAGGCAGAAGUAGAAGAUGUUACAAAUGGACUGGAACAAUUAAUUAAUCGUUUUGUUGGUCUUAUGAUCGCAAUGUUUCCAGACUUUAAUAUUAAACGUGUGACACCUUGCGGAAGUAUGGCUGAGAAAACAAGAAUCAAAGGAAAUGAAGCAUUAGAGUAUGAUUUCAUUAUUGAAAUGGAAUCCUGGCCAAGAUGUGGCGAGCUAAAAUUUCAAAGAUCCUGUGAAGGAUCAAUGCAACCUCUUUAUAAGGUAUCAACUGAUUACUAUGUUUGUUUAAGUACUGACGUUAUUACCACAUUCCGUCACAAUUUGUGUAAAUCAGUUAAAAAGAAUUGCAAAAAUUCGUUUUGUCCGUCACUAAGAAACCAAUAUCAAGACAGUAACAAAAUAGCUAACGGAUGUCAAAGCUGUAGUGUAUAUAUGACUACUGGUUGCCUCAGACUUGAGUUAUCUGAAAUGCAUGGAAACAAAAUUCAUUUCGUUUUUGAACCGAAAUAUCACGAAAGUGUGAUUCAUUCUUCAUUAUCCUCCACUCAAAUCGAAUAUCAUAGUGAUAAUAUUCGUGAUGUCUGUGUAGACAUCCAUCCAGUUUUGAUUGUUGCUCCAGAACGAUUGCUGGAACACAAUUCGGAGGAAAGAGAUGUUUUAUCAAAAGUGGAAAGCAACUGCUAUCUUUUUCCAAACAAUACAUUUAAUUUAGAAUUUAAACCAAGCUGUGACGGGAGGAGUGGGUGCUGGAGAAUAUCUCACUAUGACAUAGAGGUACAGAUGCUGCAACAAACAUGUCAGCUACAUAGGAACAUGUAUAUGAUCCUAAAAUUCAUAAAGGAAAAGUUAUUUAACUUCUCUUACUUGCGUGACCGCUUACAGCGAAAACUUAAAGUAACUUCUUAUGAAAUUAAAACCGCUGUACUUCAUCAUAUUAAAAACUGUACCUUGCCUAAACCUGACCUUGGAAGGUGUCUCUUAAGCACUAUAAAACUAUUAUCUGCAUGUUUUCAAGAUGAAUUACUUCCGAACAUAGGCUCUGGAUUUAACAUAUUCCUUUUUGAAACAAAUCAUAGAUAUAUCAGUAGUAGAAAGAAAGGCUGCAAAAUAAUAGGAUAUAUAUUUGAAGUUCUUCAUGAAUUAUUCACUACAGGUUUAAAUACAGGGACAGCGGGAGUUUUGUCGGAUUUAGAAUCAAUACAAUCAGAAGUUACUAGAGCAUUCGGAUAUACAAUGAUAAUUCAUGAGAUAGAAACUCAUCAUGUUCAAGCAUGCAAAAAAUUUUUGAGUGAAUAUGUUCACAAAAGAAUCGGUAGAACCGCUGAGUCCCUCGUCUAUGAAUUUACAAUGAAGAAGCAACGGUAUGAUAGAUUGUCUCGAUUACUCAAACAAAACUCACAAAUGAAUAUAUUAAAUGAGGAUAUGAAAAGAAAGGUCGAAGAUGGAAUGAAACAACUUAGUGAAUAUGAAAACUACCGGUUCACGUCAUACCAAAAUUAUAGACUACAAGUACUAAAAGGAUGUUAUAUCUAAACUUCUAAACACACUUCAUAUGUCUACAAAUCUUAUAUAUACGGACAAAAUAUCAAUGAUGAAGAAUUGAAAUAUUUUUAUCAAAUUUCUUUACACGAACACAGUAGAUGUUUCUCAAUUUAACAUAAAUGUGUUAAAUAUUACAUAAUCUCUAAAACAGUCUUCAUAAAACAAAACUGUACAAUUGAGAAUGACAAUUUUAUACUAAAUGGUCUGGGCAUUGAAGUUUUAGAUCAAUUUUCCUAUACACUAUAGUACUAACAUAUAAGGUAAAGGUAAAUGUUUUAAUUUAUAGUUUUAUUCUAUGUACAAUAAAAUAAGAGGCUCACAGGGCUUGUGAGCAAAACAUUUUUUUGGUCCCAGAUGUAAAUUUAUAAUUACUUUUGUCAGGGUCAUAAUUUAAAUAACUUUUAUAGAAAACUUCAUGAUAAAACCUCCGCUACUAAACCAUCCGAUUUAAGUGACGAUUAUUUAAAUGUAUUUUCCUAUGCAAAAUCUAAAGUAAAGUAAGUCACUAAGUGACCAUGGGAAAGAACCAGUUAUGAUCCUGCAGGAAUGAUUUGCAUCAGAUAUUUGCAGAGGACCAGAUGAUACUUCUUCUUAUCAAAUAAGUUAGCUAUAUAGAACAGUUCUUCUGGAGAAGUUUAAAUGGUUUUAAACAUGCAGAAAUUGAUCCUUUGACUCCCAAGGGUCAAGAUAACUGUUUGUUUGUUGUUAUUUUACGGUUUAUUAAUCAGACAGCAAUUAUCUUUUAUGCAUAAAGUGAAUAGGUCUAUAAUGGAAGGUCUGUUGUAUAUUAAAUAAUCAUGUUGAUAGUAUUAAGUAUCAUACAUCACAGCAAACCUAGAAAGAACAAGAUAUGUUUGUAAAACAUGUAUCCCCCU